AUGAACCUCUUGAAGGUCCAGAUCUGUCUCGCAUGGAUUCUUAGUCUAUUUGCCGGUCCGGUAUUCUGCUCAGAGGAUGAGACUCGGCUAGUACAGACCCUGUUUACUGGUUACAAUAAGGUGGUUCGUCCCGUGAACCACUUCAGCGACGCCGUGGUGGUGACCGUGGGACUGCAGCUAAUACAGCUCAUCAGUGUGGAUGAAGUUAACCAGAUUGUGACCAGUAAUGUCCGUCUCAAACAGUCUUGGCUUGAUGUGAACCUGAAGUGGAAUCCAGAUGAAUAUGGAGGCAUCAGGAAGAUCAGAGUCCCUUCAACCGACAUCUGGAAACCAGACCUGGUGCUUUAUAACAAUGCUGAUGGUGACUUCGCCAUCAUCCAUGAAACCAAAGUCCUGCUGGAGCACACCGGCAAGAUAACAUGGAACCCUCCGGCCAUCUUUAAGAGUUACUGUGAGAUUAUCGUCCUCCAUUUCCCGUUUGACCUGCAGAACUGUAGCAUGAAGCUGGGAACGUGGACAUACGAUGGACUACUGGUUGUCAUCAAUCCAGACAACGAUCGUCCCGACCUCAGUAACUUCAUGGAGUCGGGUGAAUGGGUGUUGAAGGACUACAGGAGCUGGAAACAUUGGGUUUACUACACCUGCUGCCCCGAUACUCCGUACCUGGACAUCACCUACCAUUUCCUGAUGCUGCGGCUGCCUCUCUAUUUCAUCGUUAACGUCAUCAUUCCCUGCAUGCUGUUCUCGUUCCUCACCGGACUGGUCUUCUACCUGCCCACUGACUCCGGUGAAAAGAUGACUCUGUCCAUCUCUGUCCUGCUGUCUCUCACCGUCUUCCUGCUGGUUAUCGUGGAGCUGAUCCCAUCCACCUCCAGCGCCGUCCCCCUCAUCGGGAAAUACAUGCUCUUCACCAUGGUGUUUGUCAUCGCCUCCAUCAUCAUCACCGUCAUCGUCAUCAACACACAUCACCGCUCGCCCAGCACGCACACCAUGCCCGCCUGGAUCCGGAAGGUCUUCAUCGAAACCAUUCCCAACAUGAUGUUCUUCUCAACAAUGAAGCGUCCCAGUCAGGAGAUCCGCCAGAAGACGUUGUUCCCCACUGACAUGGACAUCUCUGACAUCUCAGGCAAGAAAACAAUUUAACCCUUU